AUGGAAUCGCAGACUGGCGAGUGGGCUGAACCGCUCGAUGCGCCAUUUGAUGGGAUCGAAGACAUCGCCAAGCAUUCGGGAAUCGUGCAAAAUGGCGAGCUGCCCGUAUUCAAGGCCUACUCCUCCACGACCGCAAGCCCGUUCCAGGCGCCUUCCCUGGCCGACGACGCGCUGAUGACGAUGAAGCGCAAGGAGCCCUCCACACCACCAGGACCCGUCGCGCUCGCCACAACCACCAGCUCGGCCGAGGUCGCGUCCUCUCCCCCCGCCGGCUCGAGGAAGAAGCGACGCACGCAGAACCGGGGCGCCAAGAACAAGGGCCUGCGGCACUUCAGCCUCAAAGUGUGCGAGAAGGUCCAGUCCAAGCGGGUGACCACCUACAACGAGGUGGCCGACGAGCUGGUGACCGAGUUGCAGAUGCUCGCAGCGGCGGGCCAGGCGGAGGGAAUGGGCAAUAACUCAUCAUCACAGAAAAACAUACGGCGGCGUGUCUACGAUGCGCUGAACGUGCUCAUGGCGAUGGACAUCAUCACCAAGGAGAAGAAGGAAAUACGAUGGGUGGGCCUGCCCACCCACUCCAAGCAGGACCUGCACAAGCUCGAGGUGCGCCUCGUCUCGAAGCCCAUCGCCGUUUCCGACCAGGAGGCACGCCUUGAGCGGAUUCGCAAGAAGUCGGACCACCUGGAAGAGCUCGUGUCGCAGCAACGCUCGUACGCGAAUCUGCUGGCGCGGAACAGCAAGGCCGACCCCGGCCACAUGGCGGACGCGAGCGCCAAGAUCCACCUGCCGUUCAUCCUCGUCAACACGCGCAACACGACCGAGAUCGAGUGCGAGAUGGCCGAGGACCACUCCGAAUACUUCUUCAACUUCAGCGCGCCCUUCGAGAUCCACGACGACACCGAGGUGCUCAAGCGCGCCGGCAUGGACCGCGAACAGCCCGGCACACCCUCCCACACCGUGGCGCCCAUCCGGCUCUCCGUCACCUCUCCGCACACAACCGCCACCGCCAGCACACUGCCCCGUCCGCCCAUGCCCUUCACAUAA